CAAAAAAUGUUUCAUUUCAAUAUUUUGAAAUUUUAACAUUCAAAGGAUAAAGACAUUUCUGGAAAUUUAAAACAAUCAAAACUCCUCUGAGCUAUUACUACUGUUUAUAGAAAAAGUGAUAUCGAAUGGCAAGAAGAGGUAGCCGAGCAGACGAUUAUAACGAACGACGACGAGACAGACGACGACAGAUACAAGAAUUACAACGAGAAGAAAGAGAAGAUCGGAAACAAAAUUCUUCUGGCUGCUGUUCCAUCAUGUGUGAAUGUAUCGCCACUUGUGGGCGGUUGUUAAUCACCGUUUUCAAUCUAAUCUUUGCUUUAAUUGGUAUAAUUCUGCUGGCUCUUGGUGUAAUAGUCAAAGUCAAUUCUCCAAUACUUGAUAACCUUAUAUCUGCUGCUCAAACACAGUUUCAAAAUGCGGUAUCAGGGGCAGGAUUUAAUCUGGACAUGUCCCAGUUUGACUUGUAUACUCUGGUCGGUGGAAUGGCUAUUGCAUUCAUAGCUCUUGGAUGCUUCUUCUUUGUUGUCGGAACCCUGGGCGUUCUAGGUGCCUGCUGUAAAGUCAGGAUUCUUCUUAUUGUGUAUGUUAUAAUAGUGAUUGUUAUUUUACUGGGACAAGUGGCUCUGGUUAUCAUGGUGUUUGCCUAUAGAAGUGUGUUCGACUCGACGAUAAAGACUGGCCUGCAAGAUGUAAUAAAGAAUGAAUAUACAGGAAUCAAUGGAACCAGUGCUGGAACUCUGGGUUUAAAUUUCUUAAUGUCGUCUCAACAAUGUUGUGGUAUUGACGACUACAACGAUUUCUCCGUUGAUAAUGCUCCCAACUGGCAGUUCAGAAAUUACAGCGGCUACACGCUAGAAACACCCAUGAUCUGCUGUAAAAAUACAACUGAUGUGCCUGACUGUGCCCGAUCUCCUAAAGCUACUGAUUCAGCCCAUAACAACUACAAUAUCGGCUGUUAUGAUAAACUAUGGGAACUUAUAUUUACGUACAGAGAUAUCAGUAUUGGUGUGGCCUGUGGUAUUUGUGGUAUACAGGUGUUGUUGAUAAUAUUUGGAAUCAGUAUUUUAUGCCAGAUAGAUAAAGAUAAAGUUGGUGCCAUCUAGUACAGCCGUCCAGACCAUAUCGAUGCAGAAUUCCAGUUUAUAACAAUCAAACCGAACCAUAAAGAAGCAAUAUUUGUGAAAUAUGUAAAUUUAUUUAUUUUAUUAGUUUUGAUUGAAUUGGUGCAUUUAAUUUUGCUGUCUCUGAGAUAUAUUUAGAUUGGAACUAUUUUAUACCUGUAACUUUUAUCCUAUUUUAUUUAAUGUCCGGUUUGAUUUGUUCACUGCAGUCUGAGUAGAGCUUGUAUUCUGUAAGAAAUGGAGUUAUUGACCUUGAUCUUGGACGUAGGAUUUUCAAGAUUUCUAGUGUCAUUGUAAAUUGAAUUACAAAGAUAUUUUAUACAGAAGAGAAAGAAAAACUACAAAAAUGAAUUCAUUGAUUAACUUAAAAAUAUAAGUUCAAACACUAUUUAAUUUAAAUGAUUUAAAAGAUGAAAACAAGUUCUCAAUGCCAUUAUCAUACAAUCAAGCUCGGCAUCUUCUAUAUAUUAAUUUACCAGUGAC